AUGGCCUCUCUGGCACCACCAUCAUCUCCAUCGUCAAGGUCUUCCUUAUCUCAAGAAGAAACGGAUGCCCAGGAUAGGGAAUUACAAUUUGAUUAUCGUCCCGUCACCCCUUUGAGUAAUACCACACCUACUGUCGCCCAGCCUAUCCUCAUACCUACAACACCUGUCAGCCGGCGUGAUCCAGACCGCGUCCCGACUCCUGUAUCUGGUCGAGGCGACAGAAAGGGUCACCUCUUCCCAGUCAAAGCACUCUCUCCUACCAGACUAUCACACUUCGCAUCCGGUCAGGAAGACAUUUCUCAGACCUUACCUCCACCCAGCUUCGAUCACACAUAUCAUCGCAGAUCGUUGUCACUCACUCUCUCACCUCGGUCGCACCCUCUCGCCAUGAUGCAUGCGGAUCGUGCCAGUGCCCGUUAUACUCCUACUUCUCCUCUUUCGCCACGGUUAGACGGUAGCACCCGUCCCAUUUCUCCACAACCGUCCCGAACACGGCGCCAAGCCUCUCGACCAAUGAAUAUCCCUAUUCCCAAGUUCCAUCCGCUACAUUUCCAGCAAAGGGAUAUGCCAGCAGCUUCUACUGCGUCCUCCCACAACCCAAUCAUGAAUUUCACCAAGCAUACUUCCACCACCGAGUCCCAAAGGCUGAUGAAGGAACGUCAGCGCGACCUCAUAGAUAAAGCUAAGAUGUCUUCUCGCUUCGCUGCUUCUCCACAUGGUGUAAAGCCUGAUGCACCACGGCUCGAUCCUCUAGGCAGCCCCAAAGGACCUGUCACUCCACUUGCGCUCGAAGAAGGGGGCGAUUAUUUUCUCCUUGGAAGCAGUGGGGGAAAUUCACCCGUUGUUAGUCCAGCCUCCCGUAGCGAGGGAUCUGUGAAAGAUAUUGGAGAUGGUGCUCGGGUGAAGAAGGCAUCUAAGAAAGAUGGGCCCUGCCGAUAA